AUGGGAAAGUCCCAACCCUAUAUUCAUUUAAAACCUAGUAACUUAAUUGGUAGCCGUUCUAGAAAAAUAACCGGAAAUGUAGUGUCGUCAUUGCAAAAUAAUAGGGAACCAGAAGGUGCAAGUAGUGGUAACUCACAUAUGUUGAGGAUUAAUUUGAAUAAGUUUCCUAGCUUUAUAGGGCAUUGUUCUAGCCGGAUUAAUAGAAGAUAUAACGAAGAUGCAUAUUCUAUGAAUGUGUUGAAAUUGCCAAAAAGGGUUGAGGAAGCUGCAUGCAUAAAUUCAAAGAAUGUGAAACGGAAAGUGCAGCAUUGGAACACAAAGCUGUCAUUGGACAAGUCAGUGCUCAAUGUUUCUAUCUUCGAUGGUCACGGGGGGAGUCGUGUUUCCAAACUUCUAGCAUCGGAUUUGGAUAGAUGGAUAGCCAAUACUUAUCCUUCCAAGAAGGAGUUUGAGUCCGUUUUAAAGGAUUAUAAGAGAUUGGUUGGUGGCCAGUAUUGGAGCACCAUUUAUGAAAAACGAGCAAAAUUUUAUAACAAAUUCAUCCAGACAUGUAAUACGAAGCAGGAACAGGUUUUACAACGGGGAGAUCAGACUUCAGGCUCCAGAAUUAUAUUUGAUAAGUGGGGAAAUGUGAUUGACAAGACAAGUUUGCUUGACGAAUAUGAAAGACUAAGGAUUUAUCUUGCUUUUCUUAAACAUGAUUUGGAACAAGUGUGCGGGUUCAAUUCUACUUUAAAAGAUGGGGAGGAAGUAGAGAAGCUCUUCAGUGGAGGAUCGACUGCUUCAAGUAUUUUUCUUACUUCUUAUGACGAAGCUUACUCCUACGACGAAUCUUUUUUCGUUAAUCCAGAGAGUUUAUUAAAACUAAUUGUAACUCAAGUUGGCGACACUAAGGUUAUACUCUGUGACAAAAACGGCAUUGCCCACCGCUUGGUGAGAGUGCAUCAUCCGAAUUCUUCUCGUGAAUCCCGCAGGCUUGGGGCUAAUUUUCAAACAGAUUCCUUCGGAGAAGUGAGGUUCUUGAAUAAUUUUGCAAACACAAGAGCCUUUGGUGAUCGCAUGGGGAAGAGAGAAGGACUAACAUGUGAACCAGACAUAUAUUCUUAUGUAAUUGGUUCUACAAAACAUCUACCGCGUUCCGAGCACUCAAAAUUACAAUUCGGAGGAGAUGAAUGCUUUAUCUGCUUAAUAACAGAUGGCGUUUCGGACUUAAUGGGUGAUCAAGAAGUAGUGGAUCUUAUAACAUCUACAGUUAAUAAUAGAGGCUUGAAGGUGGCAUCCCCGCAGUACUGUAGUGAGGAAGUGAUUCGUUAUAUUAUGGCGGUAGCGGGACGCAACGCUGAUAAUGCCACCUGUUUGUGCGUUAGGUUACCUAACUGGGGUAACUGGCCUGUGGUUGAUCGGACUGGUGCCAUCAGAGAGGAGAAACUUAUGUCUAGUUCUUCGGGGAGUGAAAGAAGUAACGUAUAA